AGGCUGCGGAUCACAGCCAAGGGCAAGGUUGCCUUCAUUAAGCUGGAAGACAAAACCUCGGGAGAGCUUUUUGCCCAGGCACCGGUGGAGCAGUUCCCUGGCAUCGCUGUGGAGAGUGUGACAGAUUCCAGCAGAUACUUCGUCAUCCGGAUUGAAGAUGGGAAUGGCCGACGAGCUUUCAUUGGAGUCGGCUUUGUCGACCGGGGAGAUGCUUUUGACUUCAAUGUGGCUCUGCAAGACCAUUUCAAAUGGGUGAGGCAGCAGAGCGAGCUGGCCAAACAGGCCGAGAACCCUGAUCAGGGACCCAAACUGGAUCUGGGCUUCAAGGAGGGGCAAACCAUCAAACUCAACAUUGCGAACAUGAAGAAAAAAGAAGGCGCAACGGGGAAUGCCAGACCACGUCCAGUGGGUCCUGGGGGCCUGAGCUUGCUCCCACCACCUCCUGGAGGAAAAUCUUCCGCUCCGGUUUGUCCUUCCGGAGAGCGGCCAUCUUCGCUCUCUGCGCCCACCCAGCUCCCGGGCACCCCCAUCACAGACCCCCUCUUGUCCUGGCCACAACCCGCUGCUGCUCCCUCUGCCGCUGCCACCGCCGAUGUCUGGGGAGACUUUGCCAAAGCUUCGGGGUCGGCUUCUAACCAGACUCAGGCAAACGCAGGCUGGGUUCAGUUCUGACCCAGGCCCCUCGUCUGUUCUUCCCCGCACGGGUGCUGGGAUCCUCACGAUUCCUUCGGGACCAAAGCAGGGGCUUUGGGACACUCUGCUCCUGCCCUUAAAUCCCCUCACUCCUGGCAUCAAAAUGCCAAAACGAGCGCCGGAGAGCAAAUGAGUACGUGCCUUAAAACACCACACCAGCGCCCUCCGUGUCGGGGGGGCUUUUAUUUUCUACCUGGAUCGCUCAGGCUUCUCCUUUCUGCAAAAAAAAAAAA